UUUUAAUAAUGUGAAACACAUAAACCUGAAGAAUGCAAAAGACUAAUCGAAAAAAUGCGGGAUUAGAUUUAUCAAAUGUGUCAGUUCGUGUGUUUGGUCUCAAAGCAAAAUAUUGGCUCAUUUAUUUUAUUGUCGUUCAACUGGCUCUAGGAAUCUCGAAUUUAUUGUUUCUCAUCCUCAGUGUAAUCAACAAUAAUAGGACAGACACAUCGAGUGGGAUAUUGAAUCUUUUCUGCGUUCUUCUACUUUUAUCAUCUCUGUGGUGUCAGUCGAGAACAGUUUUCACAAUUAUUUCCGUCUGUAUUGGUGUCGAUACUUGCAUUGAAUGUUAUAUACUAUUCACAAGGGUCUUAUUGGUUCUAGAAGUUAGUACUCCAUUCUAUUUUGAUAAUGUGAUUCUCGUUUUAUUUUCCAUAAUUCGUGUUGGAUUCAGUGCCAUCUUUACAGUUGUUGUAAUGCGUUUGAGUUGGUGUAAUGGAUUGGCAGAUGAUCAUGAUUUAGAAAAAUUAAAAAUCUAUGAAUGCAUCCAAGAAGUGGGAAUUUAUAAAUGUACAACUUGCUCAGAAAGUGAAGCAAUCGACGAGGAAUCUGAGAAAAUUGAUUGAAAAUAACUUUUUGAGAUUAUAAAGUUCUUGUUUAUUCAGAAAA